GAGAAUUGUUUUCCGAAAAAAUAGGUUAAGUCGCACGAAUUGUUUUCCUUCAAAUAUUUUCCUUAUUUUUUACCCUGAAAAAUGUCUCUAAUCGCAAGGAUUGUGCGGGAAAAUGGAAAAUUGUCACUUGUAGCAUACCCACGGUAUCAUUUGGCAUACUCAUCAACUCAAGCAAAUGAGAAAGAGCUCGAGAAUGAUGAUUUCCGGGUUCUCAAUUUGAGGAACACAAAGGAGCAGAAGGCACAGAGGCAGCAGGUGAAGAGGUAUCCACUGCCACCGCCUAGAAGUGAACAGAUGCCGGUGGGUCAGGAUUGGGGUGCAGUAUGGCCGGGUCCGAGGACAUUUCAUCCGGCUGCUGUGCCUCUUCCACUGCGACAGGGUUGGGUGCCCAAAGGCAAGGCACCACCGAGCAAAGUGGCCAACACAGAACUCAUGAAAAUACCCAACUUUCUGCACCUAACUCCGCCCGUAAUCAAACGCCAGGCAGAAGCACUCCGGAAGUUCUGUACUCCCUGGCCAGAGCAACUCAAGACCGAGGAGGAUAUUGAGAAGCAUUUCCCGGUAAGUGUAAUUUCAUCAGAUUACUGCCAUGCCCUGCCAACUAUCCGGAAUCCAUUGGCAAGGAUUGUGAGUGUCAAAUUGAAUUUGUCGCGAUUACCGCUCGAUGGGCAUGCAAAAGAUAAAUUCCUAAGGCUAGUUGGGGAUCGCUAUGAUCCCGAAACGGGUGUCCUCACCAUUGUCACAGAUCGCUGUCCACUCCGGAAGCAGAACUACGACUAUGCCAUGUAUCUCAUAACUGCAUUAUUCCACGAAUCCUGGGUAAAGGAGCCUUGGGAAGACCUCAAAAUGGAGGCCGACAUGGAGGUUUACAUUUGGGAGAACAACAAGUCCAAAGAAAUGGCUGAGAAAAUUGUCCAAUGGGGUCAGAAAGGCAACGAUAAGCCCACAAUUGCACCAUCAUUCAAAGAAGCCGUGGAGCAGUUGAUCAACGAGGGAGAAAAUGACACAACUCUGACCAAGUAUAAGGACGAAGUCAUCAAGUUGCUUCAGCUCAGCAAAACAAACGAGGACGCAUCAGAAAAGUGAAAAUAAAUGAAUUUGUAGAAAGAUUUUAA